GUUCCGGUAAAUGUUUCCACGAUGGCGGCUCCCAUGAGAAGCAUGGUUUUAUGCCCAGUUAAAGUACAGUAAGCUUUGUGUUUACAGUGACAGUCGCUCUGCGAAGGGCUGUCUGGAUGUGCUUGCAGUCGGAAUACUAUAUUUGAGUUUGUUUUACAUCGCACUUGUCUGGAGGUUAAAAUGAAGAAGAAGCCUCAUGGCAAGCGCAAAGUAAUAAAAAGAGAUUUCAGCAAACUGCAAAAGUGUAAGUUAUCCGUUGAGCAGUUUUUACAAAAGGAAGACAAAUCCACGGAGGCCGCGGGAGGUGAGGAUGGUUGCCAUGGGAGCAUGCUGUUCGGUGUUAAGAGGAAAAGUAGGAAGGAAUUAAGGAAAGAAAAAAGAAAAAACAAGAAGGCUAAAAUGAAAGAUUAUUAUGAGGGGAAGCUUUUAAAAGUAAGCCCCGUCGGUACUGUCACAAUGUUACAAAAUAACGAAAAGCCAGCGAAACCGAAUGCGAGUGAAAAAGGAAGGGACAAGACUGCAAAACAAGCCGCCGAAUCUUCUGAGCAGCAAGAAAACACUGCUGAUCCAAAACACAACAACAAAGAAAAAGCACAGCAUGCAAAGGGGGGAAACAAGCGAACUCUAAAUUCUCAACAAGGAUCAAAGAGAAUAAGCAGCAGUACUGCCGGCGAUUCGAGGCAGGGCUCGGUGAAAAUACCUAGCAGCAGCAGCAGCAGCAGCAGCACUGCACAGCAAGCAGCGUUCAAGAAAACAAGCAAGCAGCAGCAAGUGAGGAAACGGGCGCUGCUGGAAGCCAAUGUCGAAGAAGAGAAAGAAAUCAAAAGGCUAGAGAAAUACCUCGGCAUGAACAAACGUAAGAAUAAAACCACCCUGCCCCAAUCUUUCACUGCCGAUGGACUGGAUUAUAUUUUGGGCAUUCUUGAACCUGGAGCCUCCGCGUCGGGCUUGUACGAGAGCGAAGAGGAAGACAUGGACGUGACCAAGGAGAGGCUGGAACAGCUCGGCGGGAGUGAAUCUGACCUGUCUGAAGAUUCUCAACAGGAGGGAUCGUCAGACGAGGAUGAACAAGACAGCGGGAAAUAUUUUGAAGAGAUGGAGGCCACUGAGGAGGAGGAGGAGGAGUGUGAUGAAGAACUGGACCAGGGUGAUGGAAAUGAGGAGGAUACAGUUAUUGAGGGAGGAGAGGCAGAGAAUACAGUAGAGGAGCAUGGAGGCAGUGCAAACGAAAAGGGCUCGGAAGAAGGCAACGCUAAAUACAUCCCACCUCACCAGCGGGAGUCUGCAGAGACUGACGAUGCCAAGAGGAGACAGGCGCUGGAGAGACUGGAAAGGAAUGUGAAAGGACUCCUAAACAGGCUAACGGAGCACAACAUGGCAUCUAUAAGCAGCCAGUUGGAGGAGCUGUAUAUGAGCCGCAGUCGAAAGGACAUGAAUGACACUGUGACAGACAUCCUGCUGGCGGGCUGUGUCACUCCUGCCCUAAUGCCAGACCGCUUGCUGCUGGAGCACGUCCUGUUGGUCAGCAUUCUCCAUCACACAGUGGGGCUGGAGGUUGGUGCCCACUUUCUGGAAAAGGUGGUUCGUAAGUUUGAAGAACAUUACCAGGUUGGCAGUGAAGGUAAAGAGUGUGACAACCUCAUUGCCAUAAUCGCACACCUGUACAACUUCCACGUGGUGCACUCUCUGCUCAUCUUUGAUAUUCUGAAGAAGCUCACAAAGGCUUUUACAGAGAAGGACAUCGAGCUGAUCCUGUUUUUACUGAAAAACAUUGGAUUUUUGUUAAGAAAAGAUGAUGCAAUGGCAUUGAAGGAGCUGAUCAGUGAAGUGCAAAGCAAGGCCAACGCUAUGGGAACAAAACUCCAGGAUCAGACAAGGAUGCGGUUCAUGUUGGAGACCAUGCUUGCACUCAAGAACAACGACAUGAGAAAAAUCCCAGGCUACGAUCCGGAGCCAGUGGAUAGACUGAGGAAACUACAGCGGACACUGAUCCACAGCAGUGCCAGUGGCUGCGAUGUCUGUCUGCGGGUCUCUCUGGAGAACCUGCUGGCUGCAGACCAGGUGGGGCGCUGGUGGAUCGUCGGGUCCUCAUGGAGCGGAGUGCCAAUGAUUGGCAGCACCACACAACAGAAGCAGCCUGCAGGCCAGGUAAGCGCUAAGAUUUUGGAGCUUGCUCGUAAACAGAGAAUGAAUACUGAUAUAAGAAGAAACAUUUUCUGUGUCCUGAUGACCAGCGAGGAUUUCCUUGAUGCCUUUGAGAAACUGGUCAGGCUUGGUCUGAAGGACCAGCAAGAAAGAGAGAUUGUGCAUGUGCUCACGGACUGCUGUCUGCAAGAGAAGGGCUUUAACCCCUUCUAUGCUGUCUUGGGAGAAAGGUUUUGUGAAUAUGACAGGCGUUUUCAGAUGACUUUUCAGUUCAGCAUGUGGGACAAAUUCCGUGAUCUGGCAAACCUAUCCAGCACCUCCUUCAGCAACCUUGUUCAUCUCCUAGUGCAUCUGCUCAAGAAGAAGUCUCUUUCACUCUCCGUCUUAAAGAUUAUCGAGUUCAGUGAACUGGAUAAGCCUAAAGUCCGGUUCCUGCGCCAACUGCUGAGUAAACUUCUGUGUGAAACGGAACCAGAGGAGCUGAAAGACAUUUUUGGGAGGAUUUCAGGAAUUCCAAAGCUCGGAAUGCUGCGGGAAGGAUUGAAGCUUUUCAUCACUCACUUUUUACUGAAGAAUGCUUUGAGCCUGGGAACAGCUGAGCAAGCAAGCCUGCUGAAAGAGAAGGCUGGCGUGGCAGAGCUGGGCAUGCAAGUGAAGGAUGCAAAGCUGAAACUGUAAGGAGGAGGAGUCUUAAACACACCAAGAAUGUGUGGACAACAUUCAGGAAAAUACUAAGCAACAAUCUUCCUUUCAUUGGUAAAGUAAGGCACUGCCUAUUUUAAAUGGUACAUCUGGCCCAGCCAGCAGGUGGUGACUUUAAUGUAAAUACAGUAUAGUACAUUUGUUUUGGUUUUUAUUCCCUUGUCUCAUGUUCUUUUUGAUUCAUUAAAUGUGGUUAGUGCUGUAAUGUUCAAACACGUACAGUAGUGUGCACAUGUAUU